CUCGACCCCUUUCCCUCCGAGAUCCCAACCGUAGAACAUCUCGUGUCGCUCAUUUCCAAGUCUUGAAUUCACAAGUAGAUUCGCUUACGAAAACCACAUGUUGGCUUUCGUCUCGCUGACUGCUCUCACGCUGCCGAGGGAACUCUUGAUCGGGUCUCUGUCAUCGCCGAUUAAUACGCUUGCCUAACAUUUUCUCACUGACAGUCGGCCGCUUAAACGGCUAUCGUGGCUCGCGUUCUCUUCGUAUUCGAUUCUCAUUAGACGCCUUCCCUGAGGCAAUUCGUCUUCUAGCCUCCGCCUUCUAACGCUUGACCGCUCCCUUCAAACACACGACAAAGCCCAGUAAGAAGGAAAAAGCAAAAUACCGACGGCAGACUGCAGCGACGCCAUACGACACGGAACCCUCGUUUGGAGAAAGGCAGAAGGAACAAGGAAGGGCGAAAGGACGAACUCCAGAGUCCAGACGGGUUUGGAUCAAAGGGGGAGGGAAUCCAACGACCCGCGCCGCUCCAAAGUCUUGAGAUUGUGGACAGGCUAGUCGUCAGUCUCGACAAGAUUCAUUGGUCGACGUAAGAUCAAAGUCUACUUAAGUCCAUUUCUGUGGCGUCACUGGCAUCCCAACCAUCGAUCGCCCUUACCUUCUCCUGAUACCUCGAGCAAACCGGACUCACCCCGUGUCACGGCAAGAGACGACACCGCAGCAAGACACUGCGACGACAAAUAGCAGUUUGCGCUCACGCAUGCAUCGACCCAGGUCGACGACGCGCUUAUUUCGUUUUUAAGCCAAGUGCGACUUGAAGCUUUGCGUGCGACAUUUUCUCGCCACUCGAAAUCACACCGAAACGAAACAGAUUCACCGAACUCGCCUACCGUCACUCACUCAUCCAUCCACUCACCACCAAAUAUCCCUUUGGCUGCCGUCCUUCCUUCCUUCCUUCCUUCCUUCCUUCCUUGCGGUCACUCGUUUCCUUGCUUUUCCUCGCUCCCGAAAGAGUUUCUUCUUCGCCGAGACAACCAACUGCCCGGGGGGGGGGAAACGGUCCAUCAGGUGUCUCAUCAAAGCUUCUCGCUCAUUUUAUAUCCGUAGGCUUGCUCCCAUCAAACUCGUCCAAAGCCAGCUUAAUCGGACUGCCAAACCCAUCCGAGCACAAUCAGCAGCCGUGGUCGCACCGCCCAAAUAAGGUGCCAGUGCUCUGAUAGGAGGGGGCUAUCUCUACCUUUCUCUCUCUCUCUCAUUUCUCUCCUUCUCUUCUUGCCAUCGUUGUCAUCGUCAUCAAAUGGCUACGACCCAGUUCUAACACAUUUCACUACAACAGUAGAACUGGGCGACGAAUCAGCUUUCUUUUGUUUCUCUCUUUCCAUCCAACACCAGACACUCGUUUACCCCGAUUAUUUCGUCAAAAAGUCCUCACCGAUUCGACUCGACUCAACUUCACUCCUCUCUACGCCUAAUUUCGCUGCAUCGAUUGUUUGACGCGCCCCCGAAUCUGCCGACCGAUCAAGUAAAAGAGAAUACAUUAUUCUUGCGAUGGUCAGCGCGCAAAAAUAAUCCUUUGCAAAUGCGACGCGACACCCAGUCCGAUUCUCAAUCGUCGAGACACCCCAAUUCGAAAAACUUCAUUACAUAGCAACCACAUACACCAGCGAAUUCUUCUCCUUCCAACUGUGCGGCAAUAGCGCGAUGCGUUUACUAUUCAGCAAGCGCCCAUCAGCGCGAUGCCGUGCGCAGCACUCAAAUAUCCUGGCACUUGCGGUCCUGGCACCCUCCUUGGCGGCGGCGAUACAGUUCACCCCAGUGUCCAAUGCAAACCUCGACCUUUCCCAGCUUGGCAGAAUCGGCGUGGCAGGUGAUUUCAAUGGUAUCUCUCUCUACCAGUUUGAGGAACAGAAUGAGAAGCCUUACAGCACCAACGGAAGUGAAUCUUUGCUGGCUCAGCUACCUAAUGGCGCCUUUGCGUCGGUUAUCUCAACCGAUGCCUCAAUUCACGACAUGUGCACAUUUACACUCAACAAUGGAGCGGUUCAGGGAGUGGUAAUUGGCGGCAACUUCACAAGCUUGGAUGGCAUUCAGUCGCAGGGCAUCGCUUUGUUCAACCCCAACACAUCUGAAAUCACGCCUCUGGCUGGUCUGUCAGGUCAGGUUAAUGCCCUGCUCUGCGACCAAGAGGCCAACACAGUUUAUGUUGGAGGCAAUUUCCGUGGCGCAAACUCAACCAACGCAAUUGCCUGGUAUGGCACAGAGGGCUGGACUAAUCUUCCUUUUGCUGGUUUCAACGGUCCUGUUUCGUCCAUCACCAAGGCCUCCAACGGUCACAUUGUCUUCGGUGGCAGCUUCACUGGCCUCGGCAACACCAGCACCCCUAGCACCCCUGAUGGCCAGGUUAUCAAUGUGUCAAGUGCUAAUAUUACCUCGGCCUCGAGCACAUCUACCUCCGGCUUCAGCGAUCCUCGCAACAUCAUCUGCAAGACGAAAGGAGUUGAUGGUUCGGGCAGCACCUGGCUGCUGCGCGAUAAUUCGGCGGGCUUCUGGCAGGCUACCUUCGGUUUCAGUUUCCAGCCCACGAAACUCAGACUUUGGAACACCCACCAGGAUGGCCGAGGAACCAAGACGUUCCGCUUCACCGCUUUGCCUCUCGGCGGUAUUCUCAACAUGACGUACCUGGACCCAUCGACCGGACAGAAUGCGUCGUGCACGAGUGAGUGCCCUCUCACCAGUAAUACCAGCGUCAAGUUCCAGGACUUCCACUUCGUCAACCUCGUUGGUAUGAACUCGUUCAGAAUCGACAUCUCGGAGUUCUACGGAUCCGGUGGCGGGCUGAAUGGCAUCCAGUUGUUCGAGGAUGACAUCAACUCAUAUGCCAUUAAUGACUUCAACGCCCCAGCCUGCUCCGACAGCGAUACCAAGUCCUCUGCCACUGCAACUGGGCCUUGGUCGACGUCACCCUCUCUGCAAAGCAGCUCCCAGUAUCUUACUGCGAAGCUCUCUGGCAGCAUUACCGCCAACUCCGCCUCGGUCACUUUUCUCCCGGAUCUGAAGGAAUCCGGCAACUACUCCGUUAACCUGUACACCCCCGGCUGCCUACAGGACGCUACCUGCACUACCCGUGGGCAGGUGAACAUCACUGGCAUCAUGUCGCCUUCCGGCAAUGACAAGUUCACAACAUCGCUCUACCAGACAAACAACUUCGACAAGUACGACCAGAUUUAUUUCGGAUACAUCGAGGCAAGCUCCGCAGAUGGCUUCCGACCGAGCGUUACUCUUGCGCCUUUGGCUGGCCAAAAUCUCGACGAAAUGACCAUCGUUGCUCAGCGCGUUGGGUUCACUCUCAUUAACUCUACUGGAGGGCUCAACGGCCUCUUCGACUUCGACCCUUCAGCUGCUACGUUGAACACUGACUUUAAAAGCUCCAAGAUCAACCAGCUUGGGUCCUCGUUCUCCGUCGGAUCUGCGGUUACCAGCCUGGCAACUGCUGGGGAUUUGGUCAUCGUCGGUGGCAACUUCACAUCGUCAUCUGCUCGCAAUGUUAUCGGCAUCAACACUGCGAGUGAGGCUACCAUGGCACUCGACGGCGGUCUCAAUGGCGAAGUCAAAUCGAUGGAGCUCAAUGGCACCCAACUCUAUGUCGGCGGCGUCUUCUCAAACACCCAAGACAAUGCGGUUGCUGGUCUCAGCAACGUUGGUGUCUACGACACGUCAGCCAACACUUGGACUGCACUUGGUUCCGGAGUCAAUGGCGAGGUCUCCCACGUGGUCUCGAUGCUCGUCAACAUCACCAAGGAGACUGAGCCCGAAUCUGUAGUCACAUUCACUGGUGAUUUCAGCGAGAUCAACGCGUUUGGCGACAAUUCUGCCAUUCCUGUCUCUGGUUUUGCCGUUUGGGUCCCUUCGCAGAAUAACUGGCUGCAGAACCUCCCCGGCCCCGUCCCUGCCUUCAGCGGCAUUUUGACGACCGGCAUCUCCGAUCUUCCCAGCGGAGGAUCUCUUUACGCAGGGUCCAUGACCUCUGCCACCAUCAGUGCCAAUGGCGCCGUCACACUAGCCGAGAAGUUUGGCCAGUUUCCCAUCAAAAUUAAGUCCUCGCCUCCGGGCUCUGGCACACUAGGUAAGCGCGACUCGGUCUCGAGCGGCAACGUCACGGGCGUAGUCACUGGUGCAUUUUACAACAACAACGAUCGCAACCUCACUAUCCUCGGUGGCCACUUUACGGCCGAAGGCACCAACGGCACCUCUGCCAACAACUUGGUGCUGAUCGAUGGUUCCAACUCGAACGCAAUUACCGGCCUUGGCUCCCAGAUCGAGGACAACUCGACCUUCAUUGCACUUGCCAUCACUGGCGACCUGCUCUUCGCCGGUGGCAACGUGCGAGGCCGCGUCAAUGACAACGACGUGCGAGGCAUCAUCUCUCUCAACCUGCAAAACGCUUCCUUCAACAGCACCCAGCCGCCCGGCGUGAGCGGCGGUAACGCAACCAUCACCGCUAUUGAGGUCCGCCCCGAGUCGGGUGAAGUUUAUGUCGCCGGCUCGUUUGAUUCAGCCGGCGCGCUCGGCUGCCCAGGCGUCUGUUACUACGAUACGUCCCUCGCAGGCUGGAGUCGUCCUGGUGUCAACCUGGAGGGCACCGGCCACACGCUCAUCUGGACAAGCAAGAGCCAGCUCGUCGCCGGUGGUAACUUUACCCUCAACAGCACCUCUCCGGCAGUGCUUGCGAUGUACAACCCCGAGCGUCAAGCGUGGUCCGCCUACCCCGGGGAGGAUUCUUUGCCCGGACCUGUCGAGGUCUUGACGGCUGGAUCGCGUGACCGCAGCCAAUUGUGGGUUUCUGGGACCGCAUCCAACGGCUCUGUCUACCUCAUGAAGUACGACGGCUCCGUCUGGCACUCGGCUGGGAUCACUUUGCUCCCCGGCACCGUGAUGAACAGUCUCCAGGUCUUUUCCCUGACAUCGUCUCACGACGACACGGAUAUUCUGGACUCCAACCAGGUCUUGAUGAUGACGGGAUCACUCAACAUUCCCGGCUUUGGCACAGCGUCGGCUGCCAUCUUCGACGGCACCACCUUCCGGCCGUACGCCCUCACCAUCAACAGCGGUAAUAACGCCGGAUCAAUCUCCAAGAUCUUCACUGAGAAACAGGAUUUCUUCUCCGAUAAUGAUCGUCACUUGGCCCUCGGAUUUGUCGUUCUCAUCGGUCUCGGUAUAUCGCUCGCCCUCAUCUUCCUCCUGGUCAUCGCCGGUAUGGCCCUCGAUCGUCUCCGUAAGAAGCGCGAAGGUUACUCGCCGGCCCCAACUUCAAUGUACGACCGCGGUGGUGGUAUGAAGAAAAUUCCACCCCAUGAGCUUUUCGAAUCACUCGGCAAGGGUCGACCUGGCGCGCCGACGGUAUAGCGACAACGAAGAACGUUCCAUUUGCGGUCCCUUUUUUCCUUUUUUCUAAUACCCGAAUUUUGCUUUCCGGCGUUUGGAUAGGCAUGGGGUGAGAAAAGAAUACCAUCACGGCUUAACCCUUUCACCAAUGGAGGUACAAAAUCAUCUAUCCACGUCUGAGAGGGAUGAUGGCAGCACUCGACUCGACACACCCUCCCCCACCACACGUAACAGCACAACUCUCGGUAGUUGUCCCAUCCAGCGGCGGCCGAUCAGCGUUGUCCAGCAUGCGCUCCGACGAGAGCCUCGUGGACUGUCUCGUUUUCAUUGCAUUCGAUUCCUCACGACCCUCACGACCCUUGUUUAAUGUCUACAUGUUUAGUUAUACCACUGCGCGCGCCUAGCCGCUUUCUCUUCUCGGUCACAAAUCAGCAAUGUUCUCUCGCCCGGAAUGUACAAGCUUCAACUCGACACACCUCUAGUUUGUCAGUGGACGACUGGCCGCGCGCAUACACAAUUCCAAAACAGCCCGAACAUCACAAACACCCAAUCAAUCAUUAUGGAUCAUUUUUCUUUUUUUUUCUUCGUUUUCGUCUCAUGGCUAGUGUCAAGGCCAGGACUGGGGCUUUUCCAAGGCCGGAAGGGAGAGGGGAUCAAGACUUUCGAACUUGAAGGAUAGAAGCAGACAGAUGGCGGAAAGCAGAAUUUUUCCUUCGGCUAGAACGUCUCGACUAGGGAGGUCGAUUUCUACUCAGCUUUCGGAGACAUUAGCGGUAGCUCCAUGGCGAUAUAUCGCCCGACGUAGCUUAAUAUUCAGGAACCGAAAAGGUUAAACUAAACUGGCAUUCUCCGUUUACUGUCCCGUUGCGAUCGUUGUGACAUGUCUAUCGGUAUUGCCUACGUGUGCAAUGUCAUUUUGUAUGUCAUGCAUGUGCGUACCCGUGUCCCUCCCCUGGCGAUGCCUUGGCCAUGUAGCCGGCCCUCCCUCUCUCUCUCUGCCCCCCUCUUGUCUUGCCUUACGUAUGUGUCCGUACGAUGUUUGAAGUAAUGGCCAACACCAUCAUGGCCACUUCGUUUGUUUCUGUUUGCAUUUGGAUGCAGGUUUGGAACGCUGUCAUCCCCCCAUAUGUCUCACCGUCCCCCCACACCCGUUCUUGUUACCUUACCUGCUCCUCUUGCACCCUCGAAUGGAUCACUGGAUGACAGUCCACACCCGUACAAAUGGAAGCAGGUGGAAACCUGUACUCGAUAACAUGAAUCAAACUGGGUGUUGUCAUGUGAGCGACAUGGUAGCACUUUUUUAAUCGCGAGGCCAACCUGCCCGCCUCGCCUCUUCACCUCUUCCGACCUUGAUGCAUGCCCAUGCCCCCCCUCCCCUACGCUUGCCACGCCACAAUUGUGAGGCUGGAGCUCAAUUCCCGACGUUGUAGGCGACAGCGCAGACGGAGGCGUUGCGCCGGGUAAUGGAUGGCUUCACCCGGAGCUUGAUGACGACGUUGCGCGAUGCCCAGUGCAACCUCGAAUGUGACGGGAGAUCUUGUGCGCCGCCGUGUCUCAUCAAGGGAGAAUGGGCUAGUCGUAAAACAUCGCAGAAAACCAAGUAUUCCGGACGUUCACGGCAUAGCUUUGCCCAGAUCUGACACCGAUACUAUCACUAGGCGUUGAGAUGUCAAGGCGGCUUGCGUAUAUGGGUGAGACACUAUAUCAAGCUACACCCGAUCCAUCGCCGGCUAGUUAUGAUGGACGGAUGAUUGGCUACUCCGUGAUGCAUCGCACGAGAAAUUUCUCAGUAUAGAUUGCUCAGUUAUUUGGUCAUCUCUCAGUGCACCGUCUCUGGGUGAUGAAUAAGAUGUUAAGGUUGAAUGGGGCGGCGGGAUAUCUGUCUCGUCAUCAGACUAGCCGUCCGACUUAAAUGGGACACCCUUUCUCGAAAGAGCAUCAGAACUGCGCCUUAGAAGUGAUGCUGUCUCCUGCCCACGGCGGCUAUCAGCACUCUGACGUGACGCUUGAUACUUUAGGUGCCACUUGCAUGCGCUCCGUACCCGUGGUAAGAUUCGAUGGGAGAGCGAUGGCCUUGGUUAUGAUGCUGCAUUUCAUCGUCUGCCGCCUCGCUGAGUGAGUGCUUGUUGUACUGUGCCUAGCUUUCACAGCCUGUGCCCUAUGUAGUAAGUGUCUGCUUGCUUUGGUGGUGCAUCAGGGCCUUAACGCAGAUACGAAGUGAAAUUUGGCUGCUGGCUUCCCGAUCGGGUCCUCCUCCGUCGUCGAGGCUAUAUUGCUCUCAUCUCGGAGAGGACUCUGGAGCCCCUCCGCCGCGCCGGCAUGACC